UGUACGAAACAACGUACGCGCGUACAUUUUUGAAAAUAGAACCAUCUGUGUUGUGUACGGCCUAUAUUGUUAGAACUGUGUUGUGUAUUGUUAUAUUUCUGUGUACAACAUUAAAUUACGUUAUGUAUGUGAUGUUUGUGUGGGUGAAACUGCAUACAUUUUUCACGAGUCACUAGUUUUCCCUCCCAAGGGAGCCGUUUGUCGCAAUAUGUCGCUAUGGCUGUGCUAAGAGAAGUGCCAAUGGAGAAAUUUUAAGCAUAUAAAAAUGACGUAGUAGUUUCUCAAAUGAAAGCAAAUUCAAAUAUAUCUGAUGCGGAAUAAAGCAAUGGGGCCACAGAGGUGAUAUUCGCAGAAAUGGCCACGGAUAGACUGCCAUUACAUCUUUGUAAUUCUAUAAAACAGUACUGCAUAGUGAAGGAUAAUUUAAAAAAUAAGCUAGUUCUUAUAAGGAAUGUAACAGCGAAUUGGAGAAAGAAGCUCUAUUCCAAAUUGGAUGCACAGGAGCGAGUCAAAUUAAUUUUCUUAUUAGUGUUACUAUUGACUCAGAAUUCUAAUGGUACUAGUUACAGUGGUAGUAGAAAUUCUAUGUUAAGGACUCGAAUAAUUGGUACGCGAUAUGGUAAAUUACAAGGAGUUAUACUGCCUAUGGAUCAACAUAAGUACUUGAAGCCUGUCGAAGCUUAUCUCGGUGUUCCUUACGCGACCCCACCUACGGGAUCAAACAGGUUUGCACCAACACGAGCGCCAGCCCCCUGGGACGACGUGAAGACAGUGGACCAAAUGGGGCCGGUCUGUCCUCAGAGAUUACCAGAUAUAUCAAACGAGACUCAAGCGCUGGAGAGAAUGCCGAAAGGUCGGCUCGAGUACUUGCGAAGACUGUUACCGAGACUAAAAAACCAGAGCGAGGAUUGUCUGUAUAUGAACAUAUACACGCCAGUGCAGGUUGGACCAACACUCCAAGCCAAAUAUCCCGUAGUCAUAUUCAUCCACGGCGAAUCCUUUGAAUGGAAUUCUGGGAACUUGUAUGACGGCGCCGUGCUGGCGAGCUAUGCAGGAAUUGUCGUUAUCACCAUAAAUUAUAGACUCGGAAUAUUGGGCUUUCUAAAUGCAAAUCCGAUACCUCAUUUAAAAGCGCGUGUAGCCAAUUACGGUUUGAUGGAUCAAAUCGCCGCAUUACAUUGGAUCCAACAAAAUAUUGCGCUAUUUGGAGGCGACGCGGGCAAUGUCACGAUGUUGGGCCACGGCUCCGGUGCUGCUUGUAUUAAUUUCCUGAUGAUUUCGCCUACUGUUAUGCCUGGUCUGUUUCACCGAGCAAUCCUACUAUCAGGUUCAGCUUUAAGUUCAUGGGCAUUAGUCGAAGAUCCCGUCAGUUAUUCCGUCCAACUAGCAAAGCAGUCUAACUGCACGCUUCCAGAAGACAUCGUCAAAGACCACGAACUGAUCGUGGACUGUCUCCGAGAAGUGCCUCUUGAAGAACUCAUGUCUGCAGAAAUCAAUACACCAAGCUACCUCACUGCGUUUGGCCCAUCAGUGGACGGCGUAGUAGUCAAAACAGAUUAUGCGAAAGAACUACUAACUUUCUUCAUACCAAACGACCUCCAAGGUUUUACAAGUGUAUCUGGAGUUAAUAAUUUUAAAGCGGACAAAAGAAGCGGAGAUAGGAUAUUUGGGAUUAGGGGCGGUCAAAAUAAAUACGAUCUACUGUUUGGAGUGGUUACUAGUGAAGCUCUUUGGAAAUUCUCGGCUCAGGAUAUACAAAAUGGAUUUGAGGGCGAAAGGAGGGAUAGAAUAAUAAGGACAUAUGUCAGAAACGCAUACACAUAUCAUUUGAGUGAAAUAUUCUUUACAAUAGUGAACGAAUACACAGAUUGGGAGAGAACAGUUCAACACCCAAUAAAUACAAGAGACGCUGCUGUUCUAGCCAUCUCUGAUGCCCAGUAUGUAGCACCAUUGGUCCAAACAGGAGAUUUCCUAAGCGUCGCGAAAAGCUCGCCCGAUUCCGGACCAAACACUUUCUUCUACGUAUUCGAUUAUCAGACGAAGGAUGGUGACUAUCCACAGAGAAUGGGGUCGGUCCACGGUGAAGAAUUGCCGUAUUUGUUUGGUGCACCGCUGGUGGACGGGAUCGGCCACUUUCCGAAGAACUAUACGAAAUCUGAAGUGGCAUUAUCUGAGGCUUUCAUUCUGUAUAUUGCGAAUUUUGUGCGCACUGGGAACCCAAACGAGGCACAUCGGCAAGAGGGCGUGUUACCAAUAUCAAGGGAAAGGAAUCGAUACAAAAGUAUCGUUUGGGACGAAUAUGAUACGCUACAUCAGAAAUAUUUGGAGAUUGGCAUGAAGCCGCGGAUGAAAAACCAUUACCGGGCCCACCAACUGUCCGUAUGGCUGCGGUUGAUCCCGGAAAUCCAUAGAGCGGGGAUGAAGGACGUGGUAGCGAAGCACAACCUAUUUAGAAACCACAACGAUCCGGAACUGUACGAUGGACUCGUUCGUCCGGACCCGCUGACCCGUGCGAACUAUUAUGACCCGACUUUAGAGCUUUACCGCAGGCCUAUCUAUAACGUGACCUUGGACAUACCAUCUACUACCAUGGAUACUUAUGUCACCACUUGUAUCAGCGUGAUGUCAGCCAGACCUGGCUCCGCUGUCACACAAAGUCACGUACCCAACAAUACUCAACAGGACGUUUCCAAUCUCGAAGUUGCUGGAUAUACAGCGUACUCGACAGCUCUGAGCGUCACUAUAGCUAUCGGGUGCUCUCUAUUGAUUCUAAAUGUGCUCAUUUUCGCUGGCGUUUACUAUCAGAGAGAUAAAACAAGAUUACAAGUAAAAGCGUUGCAACAACAACAAAAGAGGAACCACAACUCAACGUUCGAUAGCGUUUCUUCUAAACAUCCUCAUUAUUUUGUAGGGCAUUCGCAAAGUUCUAGCACCAUCGUUGAUAUAGAUCAUCAAGAUAAGAACGCUAUUAUAACUAUGUCGAAUAGGAUGCCGCAUUUCACGACUGCAAAUUGUCCAAACGUUUGUCAUACAGGAAUACAAAUGUCUAAUUUAUCGCAAAAACCGAGUCCACCGUCAAACCGAGGUCAAUGCACAACGUUGCCCAGAAAAGUGGGGUUUAGCUAUCAACAGCAAAACCAGAUUUGUAAUGCAUCAACGUGUAUGACAUUGCCAAAGAAUGCUACAUUCAUGAGCAGUGCCAGCAAUUUGCCAGAUGUUCAAGCUCAAACUGGCCAGUCUCAAGGGCCGGGGAACGGAUCAGUACUUCCUCCCCCCUCCUCGCCUCCAUCCCAACAUUUCUCCCAAAAAUCAAGAGUGCCACAAGCAGCAAUGUCUGAAAUGAACGUAUGAGAAAUGGAAGAUAUUUACAAUUAUGUGUAAAGUGUUACAAUUAGUGAAGGGACACUGCAUAGUGUAACUACUGGACAAAACAUGGUUGUAAAUAUCGAAUCGAAUAAAAUUAUUGUAAAUAAUUAAAAGUGUUACACUAAUGUACUAUUUAUAAUACAGGUAAUGUUUUAAGGUUUAUAGUUGUGUAAUAUAGUAAUUAAUAAAUUGAUAGUAAUUGGAAUAAUGUAAAUUGCGACUUUCUGUUCGUCUUGUAAAUAUUUACUUACUCGUAAAUGAUUUGAUAUCAUUACCAUUGAAAAUGGACAAAUGUCACAAAUUGACACGCGUUAUCUCACGUUGAAUAAUUUUAUUACUUUAAUUACGGAACUAUUACUGUCCUCUUUAAUAUUGAAUAAUUCUAAUUGUUAAUUCAUAC